AUGCUCUCUGUACUCUACUAUUUCGUUCUCAUUGUAUUGGCCUCCCUAAUACCGGAAGGACGAGGCAACUUCCGCAAUUUGAAGUUUACCAGUUUUGCCAAACCUGGCUACAGGUUGGAGAAUCACACGGUUCGAACUAUUGAAGUAUUCGACGAGAAUCUCUGCAGGUUACAGUGCUAUCUGGAACCUAACUGUGUCAGUUAUAACUUCCAUAAGCUAAGACAGGCGUCUGGUACACACAAGUGUGAUCUGAAUAACGCCACCAUUGAACACGAUGGAGAACUGGUGAAAAGCGAAAGUUACAUUUACCGCGGAGCUGAGAAUGCUUGCGUCAGUAAUCCUUGCAGAAAUAAUGCAACAUGCCAAGCUGGCUUUACACACAGAGAUUAUCAGUGUUUGUGUGCUUUUGGAUCUGGGUUUGAAGGUCACGAUUGUGAUAGAGACAUAGAUGAGUGUUCUAGUGAAACAAACGGCUGUGAUGAGAAUGCGGAGUGUAACAAUACCCUGGGAUCUUACAAGUGUAUCUGUAAAGAUGGAUUUCAUGGAAAUGGAACUAACUGCAAAGACUUGGACGAAUGUGCUGACGGAACACACAACUGUGAUGUGAAUGCUGAGUGUUACAAUACCCUGGGAUCGUACAACUGCACGUGUAAAGAUAGAUUUCGUGGAAAUGGAACCAAAUGCACAGGAUUUACAGCAGUGUUUACAACUCUUGGUAACAGUGGGCGUAAGGGUCCACUCCAGAUUGGAAAUCACUACUACACAGGUCAGGAUCACGACGGGCAAGUUACAUUGUCCAGCGGUAUUCAACAAUGGACUGUGCCACACACUGGCGAAUACAGAAUAGAAGCAAUAGGAGCCUCAGGGGGAUGA